AUGGAGCUUUCUCUUAAAAAACGCUAUGAAAUUGUAUUUCUAUGUGAAUAUCCAGCUGAUCCAAGGUUCAGUUUUGGACAAAUAGCUAAAGUAGUCCACUGUUGUAAAUCUACAGCUAUUUUUGGAGUUAAAAAAUAUCAUGAAAAUCGUGACCUAAGUACUGCAGAAAGACUAGGUCAGCCUCGUAUAACAACUACCAAGCAAGAUAAACAAAUUACAAAGAUGACAGAGAAAGAAAUAAUAUUACAGCCACUCAAAUACAAAAAAAUAUGGAAGAACAUGAUGUUAAGAUUAGUGUAG